AUGAGUAGUGGGCAACAAUCCCAACGCGAGUUUACCGAAUUGUGGGCCGAGGCCGUUUUUAUUUUUCAGGAGCGGUCGAACAUCAAAAUGCAGGAGAUUUGUCGUUCAAAAAUCGACACCGUUGAUAAAUUAAUUACAAAUCUCGAAAGACGAACGAUCAUUUUCGACAAAGCAAACCGUCAUGGGGUCAACUUACGCAGAAUACUGCAGACAACACUGACCCCGAUCCGGCUGUUCAGUGAGAUCGCCAGCGCUGGUGUAUCCAUUGUCUUUCCUCCCGCGCGGGCCAUUUUUGGUGCUGUGAGCUAUUUGCUCAAUACCGCGGUUAAUGUUGGCAAGGCCUUCGAUUCUGUUCCAAAACUGCUCGAGGGCAUGAGUGCCUUCAGCGACCGCCUCGAAAAGUAUGUGGGUAAGGACGGGAAAGAUACGCCAGCCAUUUUGAAGCCCAUUUUGAUCAAAUUUCUCUGCGCCUACUUGGAAGUCCAAGCGAUCACUCUCAAAGUACUCCGUGGCCGGUUCAACAUGUUCAUAUCCAUCGGCCUUUUGAAUAGUGACAAGGGAAUUUGCGCGGCGCUCGAGCGGCUCGAUAGGCUGACCAAGCUGGAGAUAGCUGCCGCCGUGGUCGUCCUCCGGGACGAGUUCCAUGAGGCAGAAAAACAACAAACGGAGAAACUAAACCGUAUUGCGGCUCACAUUGGGCUUAAUUCGUUACGCGAAGCAGAGAGAUCCCUUUUUCCCACUCGUUUCCAGCCUGAAUUUGCCUCCGCUGACAUCCGUCAAUCAGUCCAGGAUACUGCCUUGGACAACAUCGGGACCUGGAUUCUCAAGGACCACAAAUUCAAAUCCUGGGCAACUCUAAACCCGCAGUCGAACAGAGUGAUUUGCCUUGUUGGAGACCCGGGUACGGGCAAGUCCUAUCUCUGUCAUCAGAUCAUCAAGCAUCUAACAGCAUCCUACGCACUCGGCCAAGCAAAUCAACUACGCCGGUAUAAAGGCCUCUCCGUGAUCUCCCUGGCCUAUUACUUCUGCAGGUCUGACCGGCCCGAGUUACAGCUUGGCAACACCCUUCUCAAGUCUCUCGCUUAUCAAGUUGCUAAAACUGACCAAUACUACCGCGAGUAUAUCUGUAACGUCAAUGACCUCGACCGCAUUUCUGACACGACCACCCUUUGGGAUCGGCUUUUUAUGGAAUUUUCACCCAAGAAAUAUAACUCCUGGAUCUUCUUGAUCAUUUACGGCUUUGAUGGCAUCCAAGAAAAAGCGAGGGAGUCCAUUCUGAGCUCUGUGUCCAACAUGAACCAACAGUUAACAACGGAGAGCCGAAUCUCGGUUAUGUUCAUCACUAGUCCUCGCAUUCGACACGAGCUUGCACGACAUUCUAUUACUAUGGACCAACAAAUCGAAAUUCUCCCUAAAAUGAUCCAGGACGAUUUCUCUUCGUAUAUUGACUACCAUGCUGCAGAUCUCUACUGUUUCAGCAGAUCGCCACAUCUCACACAACUAAUAAAGUCGACUUUGAAGGAACAUGCGCACAAGUCCUUUCUAUGGAUCAACGCGAUGUUCGAUGAGCUCAAAGACCAAAUCGAGGAGAACAAAAUCCUUGAGCUUCUCAAGCACACGUCAGAAAAAUGGAAAGACCUUUUCCAAGGGAAUUUGGCACGUCUAAGUCAACGACUGACUCAGCAGCAGAUUGAAGUCCUAAACGAUAUUCUACCCUGGGUUAUAUUCAUAGAUCCACCUAUUUCCAUCGAGGCCCUAUCGCGGGCAGUAAACGUGUCAAACGAGGGAAACCGCAUAAUCGGGCUCCAGGAGCUAAUCGAGUAUCAGUACGGCAUGAUCCUGGGCCUACAAACCUGCAGCGGACACCGGCUUUCCCUCAACCCCGGCGUACUUGGAUCUGCUCAGCCCAUCGAUCCCGACAUGCAGUCAUUCAGACAAGACACUUUCCACACAGACUACUUAGAUGACUCUGUGUAUGUUGUCCUCCAACAUCCAGAAAUAAAAAGCAUACUCCCUACAGAGGGGUCUGGAGUCCGCAUGGACAUCUUGGGAGCAUCACUGCUCGUCCUACGAACCUGCCUACAGAUCUUCUGUGACAGAGAAAUUUUUGAAAAAUGUCGCGAUGACUUGGCGGCUUAUGCUGCGAGGCUCGACAUACUGAUCUCAAAUGGAUACAAUUCCUCCCUUGCGCUGAAAGAUCGUUGCUUGAUUGUGCGGUCUAUUUUCCAGCUCUUUAGUAACCCAGAAUGCAUCGCCCGCUGGAUCUCCGUAGGUCGGGACUUCAGUGAGCGGUGUCUGGUCUCCGAUAACUUCUUGGUUGGAUUGUGUACCUGGAUUGAGGACGAAAAGUUGGAAGAAAUAUUCCAGCAAGAAAUGAAUUUGCUGGUGUGGAUGAAGAAAUUAAAGGAUAAUCCUAUUCACGUGUUUUACCCAGUCGCAGUCGAGUGUGGCAGACGAUGGCUUGAGGAAGAUAUUGCUCGCGUUGAUGAAGAAGUUUUGUUCAUUCAUAACUAUACAGUCAAGGAUAACCCCAGUCCAACUGGGCAUUUUGAAACUAGCCUGCGUAAUUUGGACGAUAAAAGGAUAACUGAUCUGGCGACCUGGGCACACUAUAAUGGCCAGAACAGUGACCAUCGAUGUCGUCUAGCCAUAGCGCACAUCAGAGCAGGAGGUCUUGCCAGCAUACGUAAAGCGCGUCAGUUGGCCAAAAGUGCAAUGAAAUUGGAUCGGAAGAAUGGCAACGCUUUCCUAUGCUUCGGGAAGACGUUCUUGCACGUGUCUAGAAUGGAGCAGAAAGCCAUCAGACAUAUCAAGAAAGGUCUUCAUCUACUCUCCGAACACGAGAAGAAGAUUCGGUUCGACACAUUUGAGACUCUAUACCGAUAUGGCGGAGACCCUCUGCCCGAUAUUGAUGACAUGACAAGUGCAUCCGACAGUAUCGGACAAGGCUGGAUUCUCGAACAUCACAUGGAUGCUCUACUUCGGUCGUACAAGUAUGAAAAAGUCACGGAGAUGCUGCAGCAUAUCGUCGGUGCAGAUCUAUCGUACCCAUCUACUCGACAGUGGAAGGCCUUUUUUUGGGAGCUCUCCACGCACAUGCCCCACCAUCAACGGCUUAUGAUGUAUGCCUUGGCCACACGGAAUAGGCAACUGGUAGACGAAUUAUACCAGCGUGGAUUGAACGUCCUCUCGCUCUGCAAUGUCAGCGGCGUCCGACCUGUCUUCUACUAUUAUUACGCUGUCUUCAAUCUUCGCUUAAACUAUGGGACCACUCAUGCCGGAGAUCUCCUUACCAGGGCCGCCGAUGAUUUUCACGCCGUAGACAUUGACACCGCAUACAGCCGGAUCCGGUACUGUGCCAGCAUUGAGGCUGGGGUGCGAUAUUUGACAAACGCAUUACGGCCACGACCCAUGGUCAACUUCCGUGUGGGAGAGCAGGAGAAACAGUUCUUCUCGGACUUGGAGGGGAAGUUAGCAAGGGGAGAAUGUCUGGAGUUCCUCGCUCUUCCUCUCGCGGUUUGGUACCGCGAGAAAGAAAACGACCCUGCCAAGUGCCGCAGGAUGCUCAGCAACCUGAUCUCGCGGCAGAUCAGCUUGAUCUGCACAGGCACUGACCAGAUUUCAGCCUGGUACAUACUUUCCGAUGCCCUUGUUGCGGCAGGCGCAGAGAGCGAUGCUAUUACUGCAUUGAAGUUUAUCAAGCAGUAUCGGUUGCAUAACGAACGCACGACCCGUGCGAAACGGGUCUAUAGCGGAUUUUUCUGCGACAGUUGUGGCAGACUUAUCAUGGCGGGUGCGGUCCACCAACGCUGCAGCAUUUGUAUCAAUCUCGACUUUUGCAACGAUUGCAGUUCUAUGCUGAAAAAUGGGACUAAUCCACUAGCUUUGUGUGAUAAGAAGCACCGAUUCUUCGAUAUCCCGGGUGUGGCCGACAAGGCCACAGAGGGUCAUAUGACCCAGAAACGGGAUUGCUCACCGAGUCUGAAAGACCUGCUAUCUUGGUUGCAACAGGUCAAGGAUCAGUACGAGGUGCAAGUACAUACUAUGAAAAACGGUGUGGCAGUUUGA